CAGGAAAUUGUGAUUCCCAACUACCACACAGUCUUUACAUACCAAGACUCCGUCGUACUCUUUCGAUAGGUAUACGACAUCCAUUCCUUACAUUCACACUAUCGUUAUACACACUCGCUCGACACGACACACACACUCUCUACAUACACUCUCUUAAAAUAACAAGAAAGAUGUACUUCACCACCCCCUUCCUGCUGCUGGCAGCUGCUCUCCCCAGCGCCCUCAGCCAGCCGACCCCCACCAAGGUCCAAGGCCACUCCCGUCGCCAGAUCGACAUCUCGGCCUCUGCCUCGGUCUCCAUCUCCGCCCCCUCCUCCAGCUCCAGCUCCAGCUCCACCAGCAGCGCCAGCUCCAGCGACUGGACCUCCACCCCCAGUGACGGCGACUACUCCACCUCUGGCUUCGGCUCCGAGACCUCCGCCUACGGCAGCGGCGACACCUACAUCGGCAACGUCGGCAACCCCUGGGGCAGCAACAUGGUCGAGGUGUCUGCCUCCGAGGCCUCCAACUACAAGUACGUCAUGCAAGUGACGGGCCAGAACACCGAGGACUGGACCGUUGUCUUCUGGAACAAGUACGGCCCCGAUGGAAAGAUGGACGGCUGGUACGGAUACUCUGCCCUGUCCUUCACCUUGUCCCCCGGUGACACCAAGUACGUUGCCUUUGAUGAGGACACUCAGGGUGCAUUCGGUGCUGCCCAGGGCUCUUCCCUCCCCACUGGUAGCAGCGGCGGAUAUGCUUGCACCUGGGGUGAAUUCGACUUCGGGUCCACUGCCAACGACGAUUGGUCUGGAUUUGAUGUUAGUGCUAUCCAGGCUCAGGACAAUGAUAUGAGCGUCCAGGGUAUGCAGAUCUGUGAUGCUCUGGGCUCCACUUGCUCCAGCAUGACGGCUGAUGCCGCCGAGGUUGACAAUGCUUAUACUUCUGCUGAGACUGAUGUGGGUGGUAUUGGCGGAAACCUCUCUGCUGGACCUGUUCGGUUGGCUGUUGUCAUUGACUACAGUGGUUAAGCGGUUUAUAUAGACUAGAAUUGG